AUGGACCAGUACGGGACAGCUCCGUCCCCAGCGGAGCACCCGGGCAUUUUUCGCUCUGAAGAAAUGUGCCUCGCCCAACUUUACAUCCAGAGCGAGGCUGCAUAUGGCUGUGUUGCUGAAUUGGGAGAGCUCGGACUUGUCCAAUUCCGUGAUCUCAACCCUGACAUCUCUGCCUUCCAAAGAAAAUAUGUGAAAGAAGUCCGGCGUUGCGAUGAAAUGGAACGAAAACUUCGCUUCCUCGAACGAGAAAUUAAAAAGGAUCAAGUGCCAAUGCUGGACACCGGCGAGAAUCCCGAUGUCCCACAACCUAGGGAAAUGAUUGACUUAGAGGCUACCUUCGAGAAGCUAGAAAACGAGCUACGUGAGGUGAACCAGAACGAGGAGACGCUGAAGAAAAAUUUCAACGAGCUGACCGAGCUGAAACACAUCCUCCGCAAGACGCAGACCUUCUUUGAAGAGGCGGGAACGGAGGGCAUGGCCCCACCGGAAACGGCUCACGAUGCCGAAACCCUCGAACUGACCUCGGUCCCAACCGGAUCGAUGUUCGCCAAUUUUGGACUACCCAUCGUGUUUUGUUGUGCAUCCACCCCCAAUGUGAACUGUUUUUGCUUUCUACAGCAUGAGGAGCUGCAAGUGGAAGCGUUACUACCACUCGAAGUUACUCGGGAUCUCCACGCUCCGGAUACACCAGCGCUCAUCAUGCAGCUCAGGUUCGUGGCUGGUGUUAUUCAGCGUGAGCGUCUGCCCGCCUUUGAACGUCUGUUGUGGCGUGUCUGCAGAGGCAACGUCUUUCUGCGACAAUCUGAUAUUGAUGAUGUCAUCCAGGAUGCUGUUACGGGAGAAUCCGUGAACAAGACCGUGUUCAUCAUCUUUUUCCAAGGAGACCAGCUGAAGACGAAGGUUAAGAAGAUUUGCGAGGGCUUCCGCGCUACUCUAUAUCCAUGCCCUGAUACACCACAAGAGCGUCGUGAGAUGUCGAUCGGAGUUAUGACUCGGAUUGAAGAUUUGAAGACGGUUUUGGGACAGACUCAGGACCAUCGUCAUCGAGUUCUGGUUGCCGCCAGCAAGAACGUGCGCAUGUGGCUGACGAAGGUCCGCAAGAUAAAAUCCAUCUACCACACCCUGAACCUGUUCAACAUUGACGUCACACAAAAGUGUUUGAUCGCCGAGUGCUGGUGUCCUGUCAACGAACUUGAGCGGAUUAAGAUGUCGCUAAAACGAGGAACCGAAGAUUCCGGUUCCCAGGUCCCCUCAAUCCUCCACCGGAUGGAGACUUCUGAAAACCCGCCAACCUACCACAAGACCAACAAGUUCACCCGCGGCUUCCAAGAGAUCGUUGAUGCUUAUGGAAUGGCCACCUACAGGGAAAUUAACCCGGCGCCAUACACGAUGAUCACAUUCCCGUUCCUAUUCGCCGUGAUGUUCGGUGAUAUGGGUCAUGGAACGGUGAUGCUUCUGGCUGGGCUGUUCUUUAUUCUAAAGGAGAAGCAAUUGGAGGCCGCUCGAAUCCGUGACGAGAUCUUCAACACCUUCUUCAACGGUCGUUAUGUGAUCUUCUUGAUGGGAGCGUUCUCGAUCUACACCGGCUUCAUUUACAACGACAUUUUCAGCAAGUCCAUCAAUCUGUUCGGAUCGUCGUGGAGAAACACCUAUGGCGCCGACUUUUUCCAAGAACAUCUUACAUAUGAAGAGCAAGAAAAGCCAUUUAUGCUUGUACCAGAGAAAGGAUUCGAUUCGCCCGGCGGACCAUACCCAUUCGGAUUGGACCCUGUUUGGAAUUUGGCCGAAUCGAACAAACUGUCAUUCCUAAACUCAAUGAAGAUGAAAGCUUCCGUUAUCCUUGGAAUCACUCAAAUGGCAUUCGGACUGAUGCUCUCCCUCUACAAUCAUAGAUACUUCAAAUCCGAUUUGGAUAUCAAAUGGAUGUUUAUUCCGCAAGCCCUCUUCCUUGGCUGUAUCUUUGUUUAUUUGUGCUUGCAAAUUAUUGCAAAAUGGCUCUUCUUCACGGCAGAAGCGAACACCGUUUUCGGCUACGAUUACCCUGGAUCGAACUGCGCGCCGUCUCUUCUCAUCGGUCUGAUUAAUAUGUUUAUGCAAAAGUCUCGCGACAAGGGCUUUGAGGGUCCGACUUGUUACCUGAACUUCUGGUAUCCCGGACAGUCAUUCUUCGAGUUUAUCUUUCUGGCGGUAGCAAUCUGCUGCGUGCCGGUGAUGUUGUUCGCCAAGCCGUACCUGAUGUGGAAAGAGGAUCAACUGAGAAGGGGCCGUGGCCAUGCUCAUUUGGCCCCAGUCGAAUUGAUUUUGUUGGUGGUGGCCCUCGUCCAAGUACCCUUGAUGCUUUUUGCAAAGCCAUACCUGCUCUGGCGUCGCCAAAAGGGGUACCAACCCCAAAUUGAUCAGCCCGGGACGUCCGGCGGCUUCCAGCAGAGCGUUCGAGCGGAUAUGAAUGGAGAAGAUGUUGAGGUCGUUCAGCAUGCGGAUGAGCCACCAAAGGAAAAUGGCGCCAGUCAUGGUGGCGGACACGGACAUGGAGAUGGGCCGCUUGAUAUGGGAGACGUCAUGGUUUACCAAGCCAUCCAUACCAUCGAGUUCGUCCUCGGAUGCGUCUCGCACACCGCCUCAUAUCUUCGACUCUGGGCUUUGUCAUUGGCUCAUGCUCAGCUCUCGGAUGUUCUAUGGACAAUGGUGUUCCGCCACGCCUUCGGAUUUGACGGAUACCUGGGCGCUUUCAUCACCUAUGCCCUAUUUUUCGUCUUCUUCUUCCUCUCCGUUGGAAUCCUCGUCUUGAUGGAAGGCCUAUCCGCCUUCCUCCACGCACUCCGUCUUCAUUGGGUCGAAUUCCAAUCGAAAUUCUAUGGAGGUCACGGCUACCCGUUCGCACCGUUCUCUUUCGAGAAGAUCCUACAGGAAGAGCGUGAAGCUGAAGAGCAAGCC